AUGAUCAACAUGUCAAUUCUUAGGCAUGUGAAUAUUCUUGGUUCUAUGAGGUGCUUCUCAUCAUCUGGACCCCAAAUACUGAGGACCGGAGAUAUCUUAAGGCAAAGUAGAAUAUUCUCCGAUGAAGACAUUAUUGAUUAUUCAAAAGUGAGCCAUGAUUCAAAUCCUCUUCAUUUUGAUGCUGAAGUAGCUCGGAAUUCAGGAUUUGAAGAACGACUUGUCCAUGGGAUGCUUGUUGCUGCAUUGUUCCCACGAAUUAUUGCCUCUCGCUUCCCUGGAGCCAUCUACGUGUCCCAAAGCUUGCAAUUCAAGUGGCCUGUCUAUGUCGGAGAUGAGGUCAUGGGUGAAGUACAGGCGGUUAACAUCAGAGAAAGCAAGAAAAAAUAUAUGGUCAAGUUCUCGACAAAAUGUUUCAAAAGCGGCGAGCUUCUAGUUAUCGAUGGGGAGGCCAUAGCGAUUUUGCCUUCACUUGCCUUGGGUUGAUUUUCACUACUCUGGCUGCUUUGAGAUGGUAGCUGAAUGAUAUUGAUUGGAGACGCGAGCUAUCAGUCCGACGUUGCGACUACUUUAUGCACCGCGACAAACCUGCUAAGUCUUUCUCAUGGUGUUGUCCAUAAAGAUUAUUUGCCUGGUUGUUGUUGAUUUUGCAAUGUUGAACAAGUCAGACUCGUGGCGAGAAAGAUCAGAGUACACUCCUCCGUUUUAUUUUC